AUGGGUGUCAGGCGCUCUUCAGAAAUACAGACGGAGCUCGGGGUGAUUUGCAGGAACAUCAGAAAGUUAUUGGAGGAGACAGGUGGUGGGACAUUACAAUAUGUUAGUCGAAAGGCUAAUAAAGCUGCGCAUAUCAUGGCGCAUACGAAUAUUCUGUGGGAUAUAGCGGAUGUUUGGUUUGAUAGACCUCCGCUGAAUCUGAUUGAUCAGCUUAAACUUGACGAUGUGACAAUUCCAAAUCAUUGA